UGUGUGGUCGGCUUUCACUUCCUUCUCCCAAGGAGAUGAUGGCUGAUAUUCAAGCUUUCUACUCAUCAAUGGAAGCAUCUGGCACUCCAAAGCGGUAUACUCAUAACAUGGCUGGUUAUCAGUUCGAAUAUGACGAUUGGUUGGCUGCUCAGUGUGGUUGUCUGCGGACUGAAGAAUGGAGAAAGCAGAUGUAUGUUGAAACUUCCAUGAGAAAGAGGUCUCAGCCUGAGACAUACAGAGACCAGUGGGAAGAUGAACACUUGGUCAGAUAGGCACAA